CAGUAAUCUGCAUCUUGUUUUAUUUUCUCUCUCCACGACAAUUUUCCACCUCUCUCGUUUUCUCUCUCUACUGCUACAAAAAUACAAAAACAAAAUUCACAAAUUUUAGGGUUUUCCCUCUCAAUUUCACACCCAUACCCUCCUGCUGCUUCGCUCAAACGGUUCUUUCACUUCACAGGUAUUAUUGCAGGGUAUGUUAAAAUAAGUAGAGCAGCAGGAUGAGCAAUGAUGUUUUUGAUGCACAGAUUUUAAAUGAGAAGUUGUCGAAACUCAACAAUUCACAACAGAGCAUUGAAUCAUUAUCGCGCUGGUGUAUUUUGCAUCGGAAGAAAGCAAGACAGACCGUUGAAUUAUGGGAUAAGCUGUUCACCUCUUCCCAAAAUGAGCAGCGAGUCUCUUUUCUUUAUUUGGCUAAUGAUAUCUUGCAAAAUAGCAGGCGGAAGGGUAAUGAGUUUGUGAAUGAAUUUUGGAAAGUUCUUCCUGCAGCACUCAAACGGGUAUAUGAAAAUGGUGAUGAAAGUGGGAAAAAAGCAGUGGCUAGACUGGUUGGCAUAUGGGAAGAAAGGAAAGUCUUUGGUUCUCGAGGGCAGGGUCUUAAAGAUGAAAUGCUCGGUAAGAAUCCUCCUCCUGUGUUGGCGACCAAUGGGAAGGGCUCGAGCCUUAUUAGGGUACUGAAAAAGGAUGCCAACUCAAUACGCUUCAAAUUGGCUACUGGAGGUCUACCCGAGAGGAUUUUAUCUGCUUUUCAAUUGGUAGUUGAUGAACAUAGUAAUGAAGAAGCUGCUGUAAACAAGUGUAGCACUGCUGUAUCCAGUGUGGGUAAAAUUAGGGAGGAAAUAGUAAAUGGCUCAACUCUAGGAAAUGAACAAGGCUCUACAUUUUUGGAUGAGUUGAAAGUGCAAGAAAAUGUCCUACAGCAGUGUGUUGAGAAGCUUGAAAGUGCUGAAGCAACCAGGGUUAUGUUGAUUUCUCAGCUUAAAGAAGCACUGCAGGACCAAGAAUUAAAGCUGGACCUUAUUCAUGCUCAGUUACAAGUUGCUCGGGGACAGAUUGAGCAAUCCGUCAAUCUUAGAAACAGACUGGCAUCACCAAUUCCUGGCUCUGCAAACGCUAGCACUACCAUACCGAUGGCAGAAACUGCCAAGGCUGUAGAAAACAACACGCCUCCAAUGCAGCCAACGAGCACUCCACCUCAGCACCCCCUUUCUCAACCUGUGGCUUCUUUUGCACCAGUGAGAACUACCGAGGAAGAGAGCAAGAAAGCUGCGGCAGCAGCUGUUGCUGCUAAGCUGGCUGCCUCUGCAUCAUCUGCACAGAUGCUGACCUCUGUUCUUUCUUCUCUGGUUGCUGAGCAAGCUGCCUCUAUGAGUGGUGGCUUAAAAUCAACGGGAUUUACAUCAGGUUUGGCUAUGUUUUCCCCUGAAAAACGACAAAAACUUGAGAAACCACUGUCUGUAUCCGACGCUGCCAAUUCUGACGUGACCAACACAGCCUAUUUCACUCCUCAUCAACAGCAUCCAUCUGCGAGUAUGCAGUCUAUGUCCCAAUCAAACCAGACACAGACUUCAUUUGGUGGUUUACCUCCAUUGCCACCUCCGCCACCACCUUUAUCUCCAGCUAACAGAACAGCAAAUCAAUAUGUUCAGUCUACUGGUAUGAUGAUGGGGAUAAUGCCUUAUGGAUACGGGGCUAGUUCACUUCCACCCCCACCGCCUCUACCUCCACAUAUCGCAAUGGGAAUGGGAAGGCCUAGUGCACAAUCACAGCCUCAGCAACCGCAGCAGCAGCAGCAACCGCAACAGCAACAGCAACCGCCAGCUAGCGGUGGGUAUUACAGGCCACCAGGUAUUGGCUUCUUUGGGCAAAACCAUCAGCCAGCUACACCUCCAUUGCCUCGGCAGUGAGUUUCCUUUCUUUUUGAAAACCAACUGACCAGAUGACCUCUAAGCGGUCAUUAGUUUAAUGGUUCAUGUUAUUACUGGUAAACUCCACAAUUACCUUCUGCUGCAGUAAGUGGCAGUAAAAAAAAUUACCAGAGUCUGGAGGGACGACUCUGAGCUUUGUGACGAUGUGUAUAUUAUCAGAAAAGUAGGCAUUUCUCUUCCCUUUUCAUAUCGCUGUCUAUUUAAGUUUAUAUCUGUGGGGCACUUUAUGAGCUCUGUGCAAAGGAAUUUUUCGUAGAUGUAUGUUAUUCUAACUGUUUAUGUACCAUUAGCAAUAAUAUAAAUGUGUACUAGUCUA